AUGUAUCAAGGACAGACAUGUAACCACUCCGCAGAAGCCGGCGAAGAUACAGCUUGCCUUAUAGAGUCAGGCCAGAGAAGUCGGAGCUCCUCAUCCCCAAGUAUGUUUGUCAGGGAUGUCUGCAGAUCGUUGAGCUGUAGAGGCUCAGGCCUAAGCGAUGUCAAUCCAUUCGCUAUGUCCUACGCCGACGAUGAAAUAAGGCCGUCCGAGGCCAACAGAAAAUGCGUCGCCCAAGCGUCCUAUUGCACUGACAAGUCGAAUAGCGCUUGUAUCUCAUUGGGGACAGACGAUAGCUCGGUGAACGUGGAGCUCUUCUCCUCCACACCCACUUUGAGGCCACUGUAUUGUUCAGAGUCCAUGAGGUCGUGGAUUGAUAUCUUGAAGCCAGAAACAUGCCACACCUCGCCUGGAUCGGAGCAUUCAGUACGGUGCAAUGCCGACGACCUAGCUCAUGGAACACUUACAGCAUCGGUGGUUCGAGCUCGAUCGGGCGAAGCAGGAAUAGACGGUGGAAUAACAGAUACCGUCUAUUUCUGCUUCGCCCGCUCACCAUUUGAUCGAGCGCUCGCUUGUCUCUCUGGAACAACCGUUUCUGAUGGAGUCAACCACUGUUGCUCAAUUCGAGGUUCAACGUACAUGUUCAUAAAGGCCACGGCAAUGGAGGCCACGACAGAGGGUAAGGUAUUUGGCAUUGCGCGUCUUCGUACCCCUGUCUGCCUUUUCUGCUCUAGACGUGGGACCUUUAGUUCUGCUGUUAGAUUCAAGGUAGAAGGGAAAGUGGUUGUUAGAGAUGUUAGAUGGCUCUGGGAGACGAAAGAUUGCCAAGAGACUGGACUGGUUGUAAGAGAUGGGAGACGCGGAAUGUCUAGUACUUUAGAGGUGUGA